AGGAACACUUUUUAAAGGGUGCUGCAGCCACUCAGGGAAACAGUUGCUGACCAAGCCAGAUACAGAUGCCUGGAUGCAAACUUUCAUGAAUGCUGCAUUAUAAUUUCAGCUUUACAUCAGCCUGACAAAAGAAGGGACCAUGUCUACCUUUGGCUACAGGCGAGAGCUUAGUAAAUAUGAAGACCUAGAUGAAGAUGAACUCCUGGCUUCUCUAACUGAUGAGGAGCUGAAGGAGCUGGAGAGAGAGUUAGUGGACAUUGAGCCUGACAGGAACCUUCCAGUGGGGCACAGGCAAAAGAGUCUCACAGAGAAAACUCCAACAGGAACUUUCAGCCGGGAGGCACUAAUGGCUUACUGGGAAAGGGAGACCAGGAAACUUCUAGAAAAAGAGAGAAUGGGGGCAUGUGAAAAGGAUUCUAAACAACAAGAAGAUGAUGAUGACAGAUCAGAAGAAAUUAAUGAAGAAUAUUUCACAGGAAGUAACAGUGAAGUUUCGGAAGAGGCACUUACUGAAGAAGAUGAAGAAGAGGAAAACAAAGAGGUAGAGGAGGAAGAGGAGGAAGAACUUGAAGAAGAAGAAGAACAACAACAACAACAAGAAGAAGAUGAUGAAGAAAGUGGUUCAGAUGACAAUGAAGAAAAGGAACCUGCUGAAGUGUGUGUAAAUCCAACAAACACUGGAAGAAGAAGAAGUUCGCUGAAGAUUAAACUAAGAAAAAGCAACAAGAGUGAAAAUGAAAUUGUUACAAAUGGCCAUAGUGAAAAGGAUACAGAAGACUUGACCUGCAGAAUGGGUGCCAUGCACCCAUGUGGAAAUCCAACUGUGAUUGAAGAUGCAUUGGAAAAAGUUAGGAACAAUGAUCCUGACACCACUGAAGUCAACUUAAACAACAUUGAAAACAUUACAUCACAGAUGCUUACACAUUUCGCUCAGGCUCUCAAGGACAACACUGUGGUCAAAAGCUUUAGCCUAGCCAACACUCAUGCUGAUGAUAAUGUUGCAAUGGCUAUUGCUGGCAUGCUAAAAGUGAAUCAGCAUAUAUCGAACCUGAAUCUUGAUUCCAAUUUUAUCACAGGCAAAGGAAUACUUGCUAUCAUGAGAGCUUUGCAGAAUAACAAGGUUUUAACAGAAUUACGGUUCCACAACCAAAGGCAUAUAAUGGGCAGUCAGGUUGAAAUGGACAUUGCUAAACUUCUGAAGGACAAUACUACUAUUGUGAAGCUAGGCUAUCACUUUGAGCUUGCUGGACCAAGAAUGAGUAUGACAAGCAUCCUGACAAGAAACAUGGAUAAACAAAGGCAGAAACGGAUGCAGGAGCAAAGACAGCAAGAGUCCAGCGGGGAUGGAGCAAUCAAUCCAAAGACCAAAGCUUUGCAAAAAGGAACUCCUGGUUCUUCGCCUUAUUCAUCUCCUCGAAGUUCACCUUGGUCUUCUCCAAAACUUCCUAAAAAAGUCCCACCUAUUCAAAACCAACCUUCUCCCAGAAGUUCACCUUGGUCCUCUCCAAAGGUUCCUAAAAAAGUUCCUCCCAUUAAAAACCAACCUCCAGCUCCCCCACCACCUCCACCCCCACCACCCCCACCCCCACCUCCCCCUCCUGAAAUUGUUCCAGAGAAAAAGGCACCAACCAGGAAUAUUGCAGAAGUUAUCAAACAGCAGGAAAGUGCCAAAAAGGCUCUACAAAAUAAACAGACAAAGAAAAAAGGCAAGAAAAGCAAAAAAUGUGAGAAUGCGAUCUUGAAAGAAAUUAAAAAUUCAUUAAAAUCAGUCCCAGACAAGAAGUCAGAAGAAGGUUCACGUCCCUCUACCCGACCUUCUACCCCAGUGAGAUCCCUUCAUGGUGAUCUUAUGGAUGCAAUUCGUGCAAGUAGCAUGAAACAGCUAAGGCGGGUGGAAAUCCCAGAAGCAUUACGAUGAAAAACAAACAAACAUGAUUGAGAUGAGUGUAUUGUGAUGGUUAAGAGAAAGGUAUCAAAUUGUUCUACAGUAGUACUAUAGACUAAUGUAAAUGGCUUCAAAAGUGCACUCGUAUAUUUGAAAUAUUAAUAGAGACCUAUGAAACCAUCAAGCAACACUUCUAAGGAUGUAUCAGCAUUUUCAUUUGUAAAUAUGGAAUGUACUUUUUUAUCUAUUGAGAUUUCCAAGAAGAAAUAGUUUAUUUGGAUAUUCUUAUUGAUAUUAACUAGCCCUUUACAGAGAACUAAUUGUUCAGUGACCAUGGGUUUUGAUUUUUUUUGUCUGCCUCAUGAAUUUACAAUAAAGGUGGUUUGAGUUUUCAA